CUGAGAGGUGAGACAGCAAGACUGAACAAGAUCUUCAAGGAGACUGGCAGACAGGCAGACAGAAGAGGAAGCGGGAUAUAUCUGUCCUACAGAUCUUUGACCCUCAGGGGACUUCCUUUCUUCCUUCCUUUCAAGAAAGCCUAGUUGAACUUCUUAAUGGUCUCAUCUUUUGAUGGCCUCAGUGGAUGCAGCUUUUAAUUACUCUCUGAGGAAGGCACAGCACAAGCUCCUGCGUUCAGACAAAUCUUUGCUCUUCAGUGCCGGUUGGGGAGGUUACCAUGGAAACCAGGAUAGUGACGCAACGAGAGCAGGAGGAGCAGUCGACCCAGAUGUCUCACAGCAUGCAGCUGUCCUCCCAGAUCAAGAAGAAGACAUUCACUUCCAGUGAUGAGGAAGCCUCCUACUGUGAUUUCUAUCCCAUCAUCCCUGCUGACCUGAUGUCGGUCAAGGAGAUCCUGGACAUGGACAACCUCCCCCGCCACAGGACAUGGGAAAUCCUGACAGAAACUCUGGCUGCUGAUGAAGAGUACCACAGAGACAAGUGGACCCUGUUUGGGAACGAGGCUGAAAAGGUGGAGAUAGACGUGAUCAGGAACCAGCAUUUGUUACGCACACGCGUUGACACUCUGGCCCUUCGCAGGCAGGCAGAAAAGAAAGCAUCUGCCUACAUGAAGUACCUGGAGCGCCUGAGUCAGAAAGCCCCAGACUUUCCAAUCCCUCUGAGGGCUCACACCGUCUGGGAGGGCAUGACGGUCAAACUGUCCUGUACCGUCCAGGGUUGUCCACCUCCAAAGGUCACAUGGUAUAAGGAUGGUCUACCGCUGACAAUGUCUGACCAACCAUGGAAUUACAGUCUUCAGCAAAAAAUAGGUCUUAACACCCUGGAGAUCAGAAGGUGCUCUCCUGAUGAUGCCGGCGAGUACAAAGUGGUAGCCCAGAGUCCCCUUGGUGAAGCUAUGACUUUUGGAACACUUGUGGUGAACUCAUAUCAAGGAGCUGCGGCUGGUUCAGAGCACUCGCAGACCUCCGCCGUGAGGCUUGAGCAAGAAGCCCUCUUUGGUAACACCUUCCCUCCAACAUGGGUGAAGGAGGGUAACACUCUCACCCUGGAGUGUAGCUUCACCUCAGCUCUGCUGCCCUUCCAGCGGGAUAUCAUCUGGUUCAGAGAUGGCAUCCAGCUUUAUCAGUCGAGCACCGUGGACAUUAAGACAGUUGACAACAAGGCCUCCAUCACUUUAAAGACGGCACACAAGGAACAUGAGGGUGUUUACACUGCCCAGCUGAGAACCUGGGAUCAUGUCCAGGAACACAGUGCUUUCGUCUAUGUCAAAGAUGCAUCAGCUGCGUUGCCCGGAGGCCCCGCCUCUCCUCUGGCCGUCCAGGUGUCUGACGUCAACAAGGACUACGUUUUCCUUACCUGGCAGCCACCCAGUGCUGACGGCGCCUCGCCUGUGGAGGGUUAUUAUGUGGAAAAAUAUGAUGUCGGUCAGGGUGAAUGGGUGCGCUGCAAUGUCCAUAUUCAAAAGAUGUGCCACUACCCAGUGUUUGGCCUCAAGGAAGGAACUCUGUACCAGUUCAGGGUCCGUGCUGUGAACAAGGCUGGAGAAGGACGCCCCUCCAUGGCUACCGAACCCGUCCUCACCACAGACCCCCUGGAACACACCAGGACUAUGGUGGUCAAAGUGGACAGAGGAAGGACGAUCACCAUUACAAAAGAUGAACUAGAAGGUCAGGUCAAAGCUCCUUUCCCUCCUACAAAUGUCCACGCCUGCGAGGUGAGCGACACCUACGUGGUGCUGAGCUGGACUGAGCCUGAACCCAGAGGCAGGGAGCCGCUCACCUUCUACGUCGAGCGGUCCUUGGCAGGGAAGAGCAGCUGGGAGCUAGCCAGUCUGGACAUGGCGGUAAACUCUCCCAGGUUCCCAAUGUUUGACCUGGUCAAGGACAAGCAGUACUGCUUCAGAGUGCGCUCCAUCAACAAGUACGGUGUCAGCGACCCCUCUGAGCCAAGUGAACUGAUCUCCUUAGGAAAGCCACAAGCUGUGCCAGCUCCACCUCACUCUGUCAUGGCCAUCAGAGACACGGACACUUCAGUGCUGCUCCAGUGGCAGGAGCCCAAAGACAAAGACGACAUCCUGGGCUACUAUCUGUACUACAGUGAGGCUGGCAAACAAGACUGGAACACUGUCAACAACAAGCCGUUAACCAAAACCAGAUUCACAGUCCAUGGCCUCAAGACCCGAAGGGAAUAUGUGUUCAGGGUGAAGUCCGUGAGCCGAGCAGGAAACAGCAGCUAUUCGAAUGAGUCCCAGCCCAUCCUCGUCAAAUCAGCCAUUCAUGUUCCUUCUGCUCCCUCUGCCAUUGCCCUGCUGCUGUGCACUGGAUCAGAGAUGGUGUUGGGCUGGAGGGCCCCGGCUCAUAACGGAGGAGACCCCGUGCGUGGAUACUACCUGGACCAGAGAGAAAAAGAAGUGAAAAUAUGGAGAGAAGUCAACAUAAGGCCUGCCAAAGAGAGACAGUUUAAGGUUUGCAACCUGAAUAGUGGACACUUCUAUCAGUUCCGUGUGUUUGCUGCAAAUAUGGCUGGAGUCGGGAAGCCGUCUGAGGCCAGUGAAGCAUUCCUGUGUGAGAAGUGGACAAUGCCAGAGCCAGGUUGUCCUUAUGACCUGGAGUUCAGAGAGGUGAGAAACAGCUCCCUCGUGCUGCUAUGGGCGGCGCCGUUGUAUGAAGGAAGGAGCCCCGUCAUUGGCUAUUUUCUGGAAAUCAGCCAAGGUGACCAAUCAGACAGCUGGACUGCUCUGAACGAGAAACCGAUCUGUGACACGCAUUACAAGGUGUCAGGUCUUCAGGCCGGUCAGACCUACCGUCUCCGUGUGUCGGCUGUCAGCGAGGCUGGAGUGGGCUGUGCUUCUCUGCCCACUGAGCCAGUCACAGCUCAGACCCAACCAGGCACCAAAAACAUCGAGAUUGGAGUGGAUGAAGACGGUUUCAUAUUUCUGGGUUACGAGGCUGAUGAGAUGAACGAUGAGAGUCAGUUCCUCUGGAGAAAAAAUUACACCGAGCCCAUCGACAGCGGGAGAGCUCGGGCAGAAACCAAGAAGAACGGGUCAGCCCUCACCUUCACAGACCCCUCUGAGGAGGAUCUGGGUCUCUACACAGUGGAGAUGAGCGACAACCCAAACCUGUCGUCCAGCUACGACUUCACUGCUGAAGACCUUGAACGACUCAAAGAACUCAGCUGGCAAGUCAGACAUCCACUGAUAGCUCUGAAGUCUGGCUGGCACGUGGAGGUUUCUGAGAAAGGUGAUGUACGACUUUGGCUGCAGACAGAAAGUCUGAGUAGCUCCGCUGAGCUCCGUCUCAUCUUCAACGACAGAGAAAUCUCCAGCACUCCGCACCGUAAGAUCAACUUUGACAAGGCCAAAGGUCUGGUGGAGAUACUGUUUGAUCAGCUCUCUCGGGAGGACGAGGGCUCGUACACGGCUCAGCUGCGCGACGGCCGCGCCAAAAACCAGUUCACUUUGGUCUUUGUGGACAAGAAGUUCCGUGAGACGCUGGCCCUGGCUGAUGCAAAACGACAUGACCAUCAGAGAAAGUCGGGACCCUAUUUCCAGGACUUCUUGUCAUGGAGUGUAAAUGAGGAUUGUGAACUUAUUAUGAAGUGCAAGGUGACAAAUACAAGCAAGGACACGUCUCUCAAGUGGUUUAAAGAAGGUGUGGCGUUGACCGAAGUUGUGUAUGACCAGUCAUCAGGGGUCAGCACACUCACCAUCCCACAGGUUACGAAGAAGGAGGCUGGGUCGUACAGAGCCGUGGUGUCGGACGGGAGAGGAGAGGACGUCAGCACCUUAGAGUUAUUGGAUGACGAGUAUGACAAGCUUCUUCAGCAGCUGAGUAAACAGUGUGCAAUGUCAGCCAGCCCGCUGAGGAUUCAGAGCACCGCUGAAGGGUUCAAGCUCUACUGCUCACUCAAAUACUAUAUAAACUACCUGAAGACCAGUUGGCAUUUCAAGGAGAAGAGGAUUGACCAGGAAGCCAGAACAAAGACUGGCAGCAGUAUGCAGAAGGUCUGGAUUGAAAUCUUUAGCCCAACAGAGAAUGAUAAAGGCAAAUACAUGUUGGAGAUGUUCGAUGGCAGUGAGACGCACAAACGUUAUCUUGACCUGUCUGGACAAGUCUUUGCUGAUGCCUUGCUGGAGUACCAGAGGUUGAAACAAUUGGCCAUUGCUGAGAAAAAUCGAGCCAAAGUGACAAAGGGUCUUCCUGAUGUGGUAGCCAUCAUGGAGGGCAAGUCUUUGUGUCUGACAUGCUUCAUUGACGGUGAACCAGCCCCGGAGGCCUUCUGGCUCAGGAACGACAGGGAGAUUGCAACCCAGAACCAGUUUACCAUCACUAAGGAGCCAAAGUGCAGCACCAUCACCAUCAACAAUGUCAACUCAGAAGAUUCUGGAAAAUACAGCAUCUUUGUGCGCAAUCAGUAUGGCUCUGAAACGGUUGAUGUGACCGUGAGUGUUUACAAGCGUGGGGAGAAGCCUCCAGCAAACGCCCUGGAGAUGGGUUAAGACUGCAGACUGAGACAGAAAUUAAAUUUCUGCAGGGAUUUUAUGCUUUAGACUGAGAUUUUUUUUUUUACAGGAGUUGACAUUCACUUUUACUUUUCACUGUAACAUUUAAACCAAAAUAAACAUCUGCACUGAGAGAAAGAAGAGAAUGAAGGCAAACACAUAUAUAGAUUGUGUGAAUGAAAUGAUGGUGGAUUGCUCAUGUGUCAGGAACCUUUAGGAACCUUUAUUUAGCAUGAGGAAAUUGUAUUCAACAUAUAUGUCUCCAUUUUAUUUUUAGAGAUUUAAUCAACUUUAGUUUGGAGACUGUCUAUAUAAUGUGUACCAGACAGUGCAUGCCAUUUAAAAUGUCAUACUCUGGCUUCUCCUGUGAUGGGGAUGCAUACAAAGUCUCCUUAGACAAACUCAUUUUGCUGACUUCAUGAACAUUUGACAUAAAAAAUGUUUCCUUAUUGAAGUUACACUAUGUAACCUUUGACAUAUAACACAUAUAACACCUUUCCCUCUAAUAAAUGAAAAGCUGCUAAAGUCAGGACACCAACUGUUAUAGAUGUACUUGGUUUGGUUUGUCCAGCAACUCAUGGUAGCUAAUGUUAUAUGAUGUUAUCUAAUAUUAGUUUCCAUAAGAAACUAGAUGUGAGCUAACACCAGCUAAUUUCCCAUAAAUCCCAUAAAUGACCUGUUCCUUUGUUAUUAGCUGGAACCAGACGAAUUAGCAAGCUUAGAUAUUGCUUAAUUAUAACUAGCAUUUGAUAGUACUACUCUUCUGGCUUAUCAUUUACCCUUUUUUGAUAGCCUAAUUGUCACUUGUGGUCAUUGUCUUACUGCAGAAAUAACCACAUGAUUCAGUUGUCGUUCGUUUGUGUGUGCGGUGAAUAAAGCAAUUUCAAGUACCGUAAGUUUAA